AUGGCCCCGGCUGCUGACAUGACUUCUUUGCCACUCGGUGUUAAAGUGGAGGAUUCCGCCUUCGGCCCGUCGGCGGGGGCAGGUGGGGGCCCGGCCUCCAGCGCCGUCAUGGGCGCCGACGAGGAGGGUGGCAAGCCCAAAGCCGCCCCUUCGCUGCUGCCCUUCAGCGUGGAGGCGCUCAUGGCCGACCACCGGAAGCCCGGGGCCAAGGAGAGCGCCCUGGCUGCGCCCGAGGGCGCGGCGGCGGCGGGUGGCUUGGCGCAGCCUCUGGGUGCCCGUGCGGGCCCCCUGGGCACCCCGGAUGCGCCCGCCUCGCCGCGGCCGCUAGGCCCCUUCUCGGUGGGAGGACUCCUCAAGCUGCCCGAGGAGGCGCUGGUCAAAGCCGAGAGCCCGGAGAAGCCGGAAAGGACCCCGUGGAUGCAGAGUCCCCGAUUCUCCCCGCCUCCGGCCCGGCGGCUGAGCCCCCCGGCCUGCACCCUACGCAAGCACAAGACCAACCGCAAACCGCGGACGCCCUUCACAACGGCGCAGCUGCUGGCGCUGGAGCGCAAAUUCCGCCAGAAGCAGUAUCUCUCCAUCGCGGAGCGCGCCGAGUUCUCUAGCUCGCUCAGCCUCACGGAGACACAGGUGAAGAUUUGGUUCCAGAACCGCCGCGCCAAGGCCAAGAGACUGCAGGAGGCCGAGCUAGAGAAGCUGAAGAUGGCCGCCAAGCCCAUGCUGCCACCCGCCGCCUUUGGCCUGUCCUUCCCGCUCGGCGGUCCCGCAGCCGUCGCUGCGGCCGCUGGCGCCUCCCUCUACGGAGCGUCUGGCCCCUUCCAGCGUGCCACGCUGCCCGUGGCUCCAGUGGGACUCUACACGGCCCAUGUGGGCUACAGCAUGUACCACCUGACAUAGAGGGUCUGCGGAGUGCCAGCCGGGCCCUGCCAGCGCGCUCCUGGCUCAGCACCUUCUCAGUCCGACCUUCGAACUCCACACGGACCCGGGUUCUCCAUGGCGGCUGCCCUCCUGUUUCUUGCAGCUCGGAUUCUCUGCCGCCUCCAAAUGACUGGCAGGAUCCCCCGUGUUCUGGUGGAUUCGUCCAACCCCCCAGUUUUACACCUGGAGGAACUAAGGCCACAGGGGCUAAGGAGUUUAUCCCGGGCUCCCUGGAGAAGGCAUAGUUGAACCCUAGGACUAGAGACCCUGCUUGUUGGGGCAUCCCUGUCCCUUUGCCCCCAAGCCCGCCCAGAGAAAUAUAUGUGACAAUGUUGGAAAGGAGGGCAGAUGGAGAGAAAGAAAAAGAAGAAUUUGCUGUGGGUGAUGCUGGCUCUCAACUUGUAUGGGAAUUUCACCAGUGACACACUUGUGCUUUUUUUGGGGGGGACACACACAAAUAUAUUGCAAAGAUAGGGAGGGCAGACAUCUUCCCUCAGCAACAACAGGAAGAAGAAGGGGGGAGGAAAUAAAAAACAUGGAACAAAACCGGGCAAACCCAACUUUUAUUAUUUAAUAGUACAUUUGUGUGGCUUUGAAAGACCCCUUUGGAAGGGACUGUGUACUAUGUAAUAUACUGUAUAUUUGAAAUUUUAUUAUCAUUUAUAUCAUAGCUAUAUUUGUUAAAUAAAUUAAUUUUAAGCUACA